GGUAUUUAAUGGAAUUUUAACGGCGCGCGUCCCUUAGGAAGUUUUAUUCCACAGAAAAUAGGCCAUCGGCCAAGGUUGUUCCCAGAAAUGACCGCACUUUUUACGACGUUCGUCUUGUCACUGGCUCUUGGUUUGGUUUCAGUUCAAGGACAAGACCCAUGUGCCUCAAAUCCGUGUUUCGUGGGCACAUGUGUCGCUACAGGUGACAUAUACGAAUACUUGUGUUAUUGCCCGCCUGGAUACUCCGGAAAUCGCUGUCGAUUUCAAAUCGAUUACUGUCAACCAAACCCAUGCAGAAACAAUGCCACUUGCCAAGAAUAUACCGGGAUCGGUUGCUAUGGCUACUACUGCGAAUGCCCCCGAGACUUCACAGGGAAACUAUGCGAGUCAGCAGUGUAUAAUCCGUGCUCCAGUGACCCCUGUGUGAGAGGAACAUGUGAAGUUACACCACUUUGGGAGUUUCGCUGCAUAUGCCCCCCCGGCUGGACGGGGAAGCGCUGUGAAUUCAAAACAGGGUGCUUUCCUGGUCUGUGCAUGAACGGCGGCACAUGCGCAGAAGGCAUGGCAGAUCACGUGUGGUACUGUCUUUGUUCCGCUAAUUACACAGGCGAUCAAUGUGAAACAGCUGUAAGUGAUUGCUCGAGUAAUCCUUGCUUGAAUGGAGGGAGAUGCUGCAAUGAGAAUGGCGGAUACUCUUGUCAGUGUCUGGCUGGAUUCACAGGGAAACGUUGUGAAAAUGCCACCAAAGAUCGCGUGGUUCGCUUCUACAUUAUCCGGCGUAGCUUAGUGUGGUUCCCAUACGGUUGCACGUUGACACUGGCGUACACUGGACUCAUGCUCGAGACGGCCUCUGGGGAGGAGUAUGCCGUGGAAUUCCUCGCAAACAGCAGAACGGCCCUUCUGUACCCCGCUAUUUACACUGUGAAACCCCGCAUGGCGCAUUACCCAGCUGGCGCAUCAUACAUCGACAUGGCAGAUCAAAACGGUACAAUGCGAGAAUGGACGAAGCCAGACAAUGCGACCACAAUGCCAGAUGACAUCAACGUCACUCCAGAACAAGUCCGCGAACAGAUGCAGAAGGUUAUGAAUGACAAGUACGCUUUCCUGCUUUACAACUGUCGUGCGCCACAAGAGAUGAUGAAGCUAGCGUGGGGGCUGGAGGUAGCGAAGAAGAGAAGGGCAGUGCGUGACAAAAGGAGUGUAGUGCAUGACAAGAGGAGUGUAGUGCGUGACAAAGGGGGUAUAGUGCGUGACAAAGGAAGUGUAGUGCAUGACAAGAGGAGUGUAGUGCGUGACAAAGGGAGUGUAAUGCGUGACAAAGGGAGUGUAGUGCAUGACAAAGGGAGUGUAGUGCGUGACAAAGGGAGUGUAGUGCAUGACAAAAGGAGUGUAGUGCGUGUGCGUGACACCGGGAGUGUAGUGCGUGACGAAGGGAGAGUAGUGCGUGACAAAAGGAGUGUAGUGCGUGACAAAAGGAGUGUAGCUGUGAAGAGAAGUAAGCAGCCACUUUGGAUGAGACGCCAUCAGUUUUUCAGGAAAGUAUAAGUGUCAUAGCUUGAUAUUGGUGUAGCAAGGGAAGGCAGUAUCUAAAGGCAGUACUUAUCAAAAACAUAGUUGAAGCUAAGUGGAUUAUGAAGCUAAUCUAGGUGAAACGUCUUUUAUCUUAAUAAUUGUUUAAAAGUCAUAAAGUUUAGCAAUAUUGCCCAUAUGCAUGUUGCCUACCCAUGUAAAGACUGGCAUAUAAAAGGACGGAGGGGGCGGGGUCGAAGUGAUGGGGAUGCUCGCAUCUACAAGGACUCGAUUAUCAAGUUGUUGGUUAAAAGCGAGUAUAAAUACAAUGGCAAUAAAAGCAUAAUAAAUGACAGUAAAUAGUA